GUCAGUCACUUAAAAUAACCUCUAAAACACAAUGCAUGACGUUAAAUGGACAGGUCGAAGCCGCCGAGCAGCGAAGAGCUAAUUAAUUAGAACAGUUGAAAAUGCUGCCGAUAUGGUUAAAUACUCCGUUUCUAAAAGCAGGUUGUCGCAAAAUUUCAAAAAUCUCAGCGGUGCGGACACGGUUAUACGAAUAGAUAAACAGGGAAGGUGUGUUUCCGUCACGUUAGAAAGAAAGCUGGUCUCAUGUCUUUAUGGGAUCGCUGUACGGCUCUUGGGGGCUGUGUUGAUUAUCUCGUUAACCGAUGUUUUCAUUCUACAAGACUUCAACGUAACCAAGUAUAUUACUGCCAUUUUUGUUGUUCUUUUAUACCAGUUUCUGAAUGUUGUACAUGAAGAAUCUUUAAUUAUGGUGCAUUCGUUAGGGUAUCAGGUCACCUCAAAGUAUGUUGUAGGUCAGAAGGAUUUAUUUAUUCCAUGGAACCAAGUACAAAGUAUAUUUAUUAAUGAAGUAAUUGUUAGGCAUAAAGUUAUUCAUUUAUUGACUAUUUUGACCAAAGAGCAAACUGGUGAAAAGUUGUCUCCGCUGUUUGUGGAGUUGCAACCUAGACUCAAGCAUUUAGAAUUAAUAUGUAAACAUUUGAAAGGUGCAAAUAGCUGAUAAAUUACCAUUCCUUAUUGUCUUCUUAAUGUUAAUUCAUUUUUAUCAUUUUUAGGUUUGCCAUUAUAAUUUUAUAUUAAAGUUGUAAAGAUGAUUAGAUAUAUCACUGCAAAAGUAAA